AUGACAACCCCAAACCCACAACCCCUCAUCGUCAUCAUCCCCGGCGGAUUCCACCGGCCAGCACACUACACCAGCAUCAUCACUCCUCUGCAGUCCCAAGGCUACACAGUCCUCAGCGUCCCCCUCGUUGUCUGCGGCGACGCCGAAAUCUCACCCGACGCAACCCCCGCCGACGACGUCAAGGCCCUGCAUAACCAGCUUCUCCCGCUCUUGGAUCAAGGAAAUGAAGCCAUCCUCGUUGCUCACAGCUAUGGAUCCAUGGUUGCGACUGCUGCCAUUCAGAACCAGACGAAAGCCGACCGGAGUUUGAGGGGACUGGCUGGUGGUAUUGUGGGGAUUGUCUCGAUUGCCGGGUUUGCUUUCCCUGUGAGGGGGAAGAGUAUCUCGGGAGGUGAGGAGGAAAUGGGGCCGCUUCCUUAUCAGGUUCUAAAGGACGGCCUCCUCUCCCUAACGGAAGCCGCCAAGCCCCUUUUCUACAGCGACCUCUCCCCAGAUGCCGCCGACGCUGCAUUUGCCUCCAUCUGCAAAUUCCAGUCUCACAAGAGCCUGAACUACUUCCCGCAGUUCCUGGAGUCCGAGAUCACCGUUCCGAAGCUUUACGUGCUGUGCGAGCGGGACCAGACAAUCCCGCCUGCAUUCCAGGAGGUCAUGGUACAGGUUGGGAAGUUUGAUAAGGUUGCUAGGGUGCAGGCAGGGCAUUCUCCGUUUUUGAGUGUUCCGGGGGAGGUGGUGGAUGUUAUUGUUGGGUUUGGGAACGAGGUUGUGAGGCGGUAG